CCUUCUUUAGCAAUCAGCAGCAGUUGUCUUCUUCCCUCUCGCUUCAUCUGAAAGUUGUGUGGCUUUUGGCCGUAGCCGAAGCGGCUGAAGCAGAAGAAGAAGAAGGAAACAACCAGACAGGGAGAGAGAGGGACUGACUCCUACUCUCUUACUCCAUUUGGGCUCCAUCUCCCCCUGAUUAUGAUCGCCGAUCCGUGUAGAUGUGAUCCUCGUGGCAGCAUUUACACUCCUCACCCCCACACCUAACUACCGCCCACUUAUCAAUUGCUCUGAUCCCCCUCUCCCCCUUCUCCUUCUUCCUCCCCUUAGUAAACCACUCAAUCGACCUCCCCCCACCGAUCUUUGCUCCAGCAGAGUAAAUGUGUAGCCCGAGAUAGCAUUGACAUGCUCAAAGUUUGAUCCUUUUUGCUCUGGCUUCAAAUGGGUUCCUGCAAAAAGGUUUGAUCUUUGCCUUUAUUAGCUCUGGAGCUGGGGCUUUCUGAUUUUCGAGAUGGGUUCUUGCUAUUCGAGCUCGAGAGGGGUUGCAGUGGGGCGAGAAGCUUCAGGAGGAGGAGCUGUGAACCGGGGCUCGUCCUCUUCGGGGAGGUGGAAGAAGAUUGGGAGCAUUGGGAAGAUGAAGUUUGGUUCCUCUGCGUACUGUGAGGGGGGUCUGAACCAGUACGGCAACCAGAGCCAGAUUCAUGUUGCUGGGAAGAUGUGCUCCAAUGGAGCCAGUGAUUUUGCGUGCUUGUACACCCAGCAGGGCAAGAAGGGCACCAAUCAGGACGCUAUGUUGGUUUGGGAGAAUUACAGCUCAAGAGAUGACACGGUAUUCUGCGGAGUUUUUGAUGGUCACGGCCCUUUAGGCCACAUGGUCGCAAAGAGAGUUCGGGAUUCUCUCCCUAUCAUUCUCAGCACUCAGUGGAAUUCAUAUACAUGCGAAGAUCAGACCAGCCUUCCCAAGAUUGAGAACGGUCCCACAAGUAUGGUGGCCCCUGAGGGAGCUCCUCCAGUUGCCUUGGACGAUCAGUGGGUUGACUCCUCAGCGGUGCAGGAGAAUGAGAAAGAGAAACUUCCCGAGAUAUACCUUCCACUCAAGCAGUCGAUGUUGAAGGCUUUCAACCUGAUGGACAAGGAACUGAAGUUGCAUCCAACAAUCGAUUGCUUCUGCAGUGGGACUACAGCUGUUACUCUGGUUAAACAGGGUCAGAAUCUGAUGCUUGGAAAUGUAGGUGACUCGAGAGCAGUGUUAGCAACAAGAGACAAAGACAACUCCCUAGUUGCUGUCCAAUUGACGGUGGACUUGAAGCCUGAUCUUCCAAGUCUCUUUCUCUCUCCUUCUCUUGAGUACAAUCUUGUCUUGGUCCCUCUUCUGUUUUCUUCCUUAAUUUUCUGGGGAUCUUAUAAACUUGCACUGCAUACAGGGGAAGCUGCUAGGAUACAACAAUGUAAAGGGAGGGUCUUCGCAUUGCAGGACGAGCCAGAGGUUGCCCGUGUUUGGCUUCCAAAUAAUGACUCACCAGGCUUGGCUAUGGCCAGAGCUUUUGGUGACUUCUGCCUGAAGGAUUUUGGGUUAAUAUCUGUUCCCGACAUUUUCUAUCGUCGGUUAACUGAAAGAGACGAAUUCAUCAUCCUCGCGACUGAUGGGGUAUGGGAUGUUCUCUCGAACAAGGAAGCUGUUGAUAUCGUGGCUUCUGCCCCUGGGAGGGCAACUGCUGCCCGUGCUCUCGUGGACUGUGCAGUUCGGGCAUGGAGGCUCAAGUACCCCAGUUCGAAGAACGAUGAUUGUGCUGUAGUGUGCCUCUUUCUGGAUCAAAAGCCCUCAAAUCUAUAUCCAGGCACAGUAGAUGAACCUUGUGCAGCUCCUCCUCCGGAGGGUACGGUAGAGAAAACAACAGCACCGACUCUCGAGAAAGUACCACAAGGUCCAGACACCUAUGAUGAUGAUGGUCCUGAUCACAAUCCGGUUCUUGAGCGGUUGGGGACUCUGGGCUCCAACGAGAUUGUCCCAGUCUCUGAACUAACAGAGGAGGAGGAGGAGGAAAAAUCCGUUAAUGCACGUGUUGGGCAGUCCAAGAGAAGCCUAGCGGAAUGCAUUGCGAGCAGCGAAGAUGAUGAGUGGUCAGCCUUAGAAGGCGUCACGCGGGUCAACAGUCUACUCAGCCUUCCUAGGUUCUUGUCAGGCGAUGCAAGAUCGACGAGUUGGAGAAAGUGGCUAUGAGACUGCCUAAAAUACACCGCUGCGAGAGAAAAUACGCUCGAAAAGGCCAGAUCUCCUCGACACGAACCGGACCUUUAAUAUAUCGAUUCAGCAAUGAGAAUGUACCCUGGGCUUAAGGAGCCCGACUAUCGGAUCGAUAAAGGGAAAGCAGAAGGUAAUGUGAGCCCAUAGAAUAUUAUUAAUCUCAUGCGAUCAGUUAAUGGGCUUCGGGUUUUGGAUGUUUACUUUUUUCCUUCAGUUAUGUAGACAUUUUGUCACGGUAUUUUUAGUCUUGGGAUGGUUGGCGUAGCAAAGGGAAAUCAAUGUAAAAUGAAACAUUCGUCAGGGGAUCGGAACGAAAACUCGAAAGGCUUCUCUAAUAAUACGGUUGUUCGAAGCAAAA